GCAGUCCUGGUACAGCGUCUCGAAGUCCUUCCUGGAGAUGAGCUUGCAGCGGUUCACGCCGGGCUGAAUGGCGCCGAGCCCCCGCAGGACGCGCACCUGCUCCACGGUGCACACCACGGGCGUGAUGUCCAGCCUCUUCAGCUUGGUGUAGACGGUGUGCAGCCCGCCCACCAGGUGCUUCAGGAAGAGGUCGAACACCUGCGGCAGGCAGAUCAGCUCCUGCCCGUCCACGUUGAAGCUGGCCACCUUCACGCCGUGCACCUCCACCAGCUUGCACUCGCUGCACAGACCCGCGCCGGAGGAGGUCUGCACCAAGCCCGGGGAGCCGGGGGUCAGGCCGCUCAGGGAGCCGAGCCCGCCGAGGGAGCCCAGGGCGCCGCCCGGUCCGGGCAGGAAGGCGCUCAGCAUGCUGCUGGUGAGCCGCGGGGACGGGGACAGCGAGUGGGAGUGGGAGUUGGAGUUGAUGUGCGCCGGGCUGGAGGUGCUGGUGGACACGGCGGAGGAGGUGUGGAGCGCCUCCGGGGCGGAGCGGUAGAGCCCGACGGGAGUUUGCGUCCCCGAGCUCGGGGAGAGCAGCGUAGGAGAGCCGGUGAGCGACAUGGAGGAGCUGGAAGUGGGAUGUGUGGGACAGUUUCCAGCUGGAAACCACUUGUUCCUCUGCUUUCCUUUUACUUUUCCACUCACUUUUCCUCUUCCUCUUUUAUUCCGUUCCUUCUCUUCUUCUCAACUGUUCCAAUCCGGGACAAAGUCUCGCCGUGGAAAUCCGUGCGUGGACUGUCCGGUCUGUGCGUAAAGCAGCCUGGAUCAGACUCUAGGUCAGCCUCCGCCUCCCGCGCGGAUAACAGACACACCGAUGGACCAAUCAGAGCAGACCUGGAGAGGAAGGACCGUGCGUAUGUGCGCGUGCGUCUAUUAUCGGUCGCAUCGCUCUCUUUCAUAAACUUUCUCACGAGCCGCUUCACUCUCUCCAAAACGGGAAGUUUGUGUUUUUCUUCCGCAUCAUUUUCGUCCGGACAUCGAACAAACAGCACGUGGUUGACGAGAGAGCGCGCACGCGCAUGCGAGCGGCGUGUUUUGGUCAGUUGUUGCUCACGCGCGAGCUCUGGUGGCGGGAUGGACGCACGUUCCCUAAAUAACGACGAUGAAGGGAUGAAGGAAAAGGAGGAGCAGGUGAAGGGUGGAGUUCAGGUCAGAGAAAGAAAGAAAAAAGUAAAACAAAGAAGGAAGAGGGACAAAAAGGAGAGUCGGAGGGUAAUCAUUUGUCUCUCAGGACUAAUAAUGAUCAAACCGAAGCUGGACUCAGAGAAAGACAGAGAGAGAUGAGCUCUUAGUGGAGGUGAAUAUCUCUCAGUGGGGAAAUAACGACCAGUAUGAACUUGAAGCUGGACUUCUUGGAGUGGAGAGAGAAGUAGAAGAAGCGGAGAAGACGGAGAGGAAGAGGAGGCUGACUGAGGCAAAGGAAGGAGGAUGAAGAGGUCAGAAUGAAAAUGCUCCAAAACAAAAUGAGUCUGACAUAUUUUUUCUCUUUGUUUUAGUUUUCCCUCUUCUCCAAAACAGUUUGAGUGAGAAGGAAAAAAAACAAAAUCCAAUUUACUUGAUUCAUUUUAACUUUACUGAACUUUAGUUAUUUUGUCAAAAGAGGAAUUUUACUUCAGAUUUACCUCAAAAUGUUACCUUGUUUUCACUUCCCACUUUUUUGACUCAUAAAAGUGUUAUUUUUUUAACCUUUUUUAUGUUUCUCUUGGUUUCUUUUAACUUCAUUUUAGUGUAAAUAUCAACAGCCAAAAACAAAGGAGUACAUGGCAUUUAAAAAGAAAAAAUAAUGUUAAAAACUUAAGUGAGAAAUAUAAUUAGAACAGUGAGAACUCUCCAUGGAUAAACUGUUUUAAUAUAAAGGUAAGGUGUUUCUCACACCAGUAGCAUAUUUAGCAACGUGUACACGUGACUGAUUGACAGCACUAAGAUCAUCUCCCUGGCUCUGAUUGGUUGUUUUUUUGCUGAUUGCAAUAGUAGGUAAGGGAGGAGGUGGAGACAGAUUAUCUGUUUCGACGUAGUGACAGUUUUAACAAAUAUGUGAAAAAAUAUUUAGUUUACAAAAGUUACAUCCUGCAGAUUUAAAACAGAGAUCAGCCCUGUGCUGUGGAACAAACUCCCCAACACCAGACAUUUAUAAAACCCACUUUAAAACUUUUAUUAUCUGGCUUCUAACCACCAUUAUGGGUGGCAAUGCUAACUUGCUUUAGCAUUCCUACCUAAAACUAUAGCUAGCUUGAAGUGGCUUCAGAUUAGCCACCUAUCAUAAAGCUAGGUUAGCCAAUUAGCUAAACUAGCUUUAGGGAGUUAGCUGUAGCACGACGGAGUGAAGACUUUAGUUUAGAUAAAAUAAAUUUAUUUCAUUUGAAGUUGAGCGAAAAGGUUUAUAAACAAUGAGACGUGUUUAAUGUGA